CUCUCUCUCCCUGCAACUAUUUCAUCUCCACAAGCUUCCAAACAAAGAGAAUUAAUGGAAAGUGAGAUUUGCAAGCAGGUUUAUUCUCCUCGUUGUCCUCCGAUAUUUCUACGAUGAAACAGCAGACAGAAACCCCUAUCAGCUGGUUAAUGGGUGUCUGUCUCUUUUACAAUUCCAUAUUUCCAAAACAUUCUCAUGGCUCCAACAGAUCCCUCUUUCCAAUCUAAAGCCCAUACCCAAGAAUCUCCAAUCCAUGGCUUGCCUUGAGCUGAUCAACAACGAGGGUAAUAAAGGUUUGCCAGGUUGUCCGAUAUGACCAUCCUUGGUGCUCAAAACCUCUCAAAAGAACAACAUCAACAUCAACACCAACACCAACACCAACAUCAUCAUCUUUCUGGAGGUUAUGCUGGUUAUUGCGGUGGGGGUUUUAGAGAAAAUUUCGGUCUUAUGAGCCGUGUACAAGGUUAUGAAUUAUAUUGUAGUGAAUCUUGCUUAGGAUCUGAUCUAGUGGUUGGUGAUCAGAUGGCUGAAGAUGAAUCAAGAACUAACAGUCUCAACGAAGCCGGCUCGAGUUCAAAAGAUAUUCAAGAAGAGAGGGAUGAAGGGUGGCUACAAUUGAGCAUAGGCGGUCACGGUCACACUAGUACUGUCACCCACAACAACGUCAACAAGAAGCAUGAUGAUCUGGCAGACCCAACGCCCAGAAGACCUUCCGGAUUGCUCGAGCUUGAUCUAUUGCCUGGCGGUACUUCCCAGCAACCAAGGCCAUUAGCCCCUAUCUUCCAUGUGCCGGAAUUUAGAGCUCCUCGUGCGGUUACAAGUUUCCCAGGUGGUGGCAAUAGUUUGUUUUUUCAGCACCCGGGAAGUAGCUCAAACUUUCCUCAUCAAGAUAUCAACUGGGGUUUUAGGCCAAUCCGGCAUAUUAUAGGCACUGCUUCUUCCUCCUCUACAUCAUCAUCGUCUUCUUCUCCUUUGAUGCCAUUUGGGUCGUAUUUUGCACACCCCUUUCAACUCCACUCCGGUAUUGAUGCUGCUGGGCCGAGCUUGGACUUGAGAGUUAUUGAUCCUCCUCGGAGGCCCUAUUCUGGCAUUUGGUUUAUGCUGCAAGCUUCCCAAAAUCAAGCAAAAGAACCAUUUUUGCCUCAGAUACCAAAGAGCUACCUGAGAAUCAAGGAUGGAAAGAUGACAGUUCGAUUGUUAAUGAAGUAUUUGGUCAAUAAGCUGAGACUGGAUAGCGAAUCAGAGCAGAUAGAGAUAACAUGUAGAGGGCAAGAGCUUCUACCUUUCUUGACGUUGCAGCAUGUGAGAGAUAACAUAUGGAGUCCGAGGGACGCAGUGACUUUGCUUCAAGACUCCUCAACCACAGAUCAUGUCAUGGUGUUGCACUACGGUAGGAGUGCUUGAAAGUGGGAUAUUCACGUAAUUUCAUUGCCUCCCCCACAUGUUGUAUCAUUGUUUAAGUUAUGAUAACGCUUUUCUUUUAUUCUUUUUUUCUUUUCUUAUUUUGAUAUUUA